UUAGCUCUCGUCCGGCUCCUGGGCGUGAGGUGCGGGUAGAUGUCGGGAACAGAUGGGCCGCGCUAACGCCACGCUAUCACACGUUGCGCCUCUAACCGUUUAGACGAGGCCGCCAGACAGUUAAACUGCACAGGUAGUCAUGUCAGGCGUCAAGAGGAAAAUAGAAGACAACGACCCAGACUAUGAUGACAUUUCACUGGUCCAGCAGAACAAGAGGAACAAACUGGUUGAACACAAUGCGCGGGAGGCAACGGUGCAGAAGAUAGAAGCCAUCAUCAGAGAGCAGUUCUCUUUGGAGAUGAAGAACAAAGAACAUGAGAUAGAAGUGAUAAGCCAGCGACUCAAUGAAGCCAGAAGGAUGAUGGACAAGCUAAGGGCUUGCAUUGUAGCUAACUACUAUGCCAACGCAGGGCUGCCAAAGCUCCCAGAGGUUAGUGCCACCAAGAGUGACCCUGCGGUGCUAAACCAUCCAGCCAUCAGGCGGUUCUUGGAGUCUCCUUCCCGGUCCUCUUCCCCCCUCAACCAGGGUUCUGACACCCCUUCCCUGGCCCCUUCAGAUGCCGAGUCCCUCUCGCAGCAGGAGGGCACUGAAAGGGAUGGAGAGGGAACGUGGAGAGAAGAGAUUAGCAGACAGGAACGCAGGCCUGGACGCAACACAGGCAAGGACACAUUUGGCAUUCCAUCGUCGGUUGGGGCAGAGCAUAGAGUGACUUACCACACCACUGGGGAUGAGGCUUCUAGACUCUAUGCAAAGAAGACAAUUGUGGUGGGAAAUGUGUCCAAGUAUAUCCCCCCAGACAAGCGAGAGGAGAAUGACCAGUCAACCCAUAAGUGGAUGGUGUACGUCAGAGGCUCAAGGAGAGAGCCCAGCAUUGACCACUUUGUGAAAAAAGUCUGGUUCUUCUUACACCCAAGCUAUAAGCCCAACGACCUGGUGGAAGUGAGUGAACCUCCCUUCCACCUGACACGGCGAGGCUGGGGUGAGUUUCCCGUGAGGAUCCAGAUUCACUUCAAAGAUCCCCGCAACAAACGCAUUGACAUCAUCCACCAGUUAAAGUUGGACAGAACAUACACAGGCCUGCAGACACUGGGGGCAGAGACUGUGGUUGACGUUGAGCUCCAUAGGGACUCCCUAGGAGAUGACUAUGUACUCCUGCCCUCCUCCUCCAAGAUGUCUCGCAGAGCAGUUAGCCCAAUGUCCCCCUCUACUUUGACCCAGACUGUUGGACACUCAGGCUCUCCCACCUCAAACUCACUGGAUUCCAUUACAGACAAAGGCCUCAUCAAAACAGAGAUGGGGAGGUCUGCCGGGGGACACGGUACGGGCCUCACUGCUGGCGAACGCACCCCAACCAGACUCAAAGCCAGUGACAAAAUCACGCUGGGUUCCCAUGGCAACUCCGCCUUCCAGCCAAUAACGACGAGCUGUAAGAUUGUCCCCCAGGGACAGUCGCCCAGCCCCGCUGAGUCUCCCGGGAAGUCCUUCCAACCAAUCACGAUGAGCUGCAAGAUUGUCUCAGGCUCUCCGAUCUCCACCCCCAGCCACUCCCCCCUCCCCCGCACGCCCACCACUUCCACCCCUGUCCUAAGCAAGCAGGGCUCCUCCUCGGCGCUCAACAACCCUUACAUCGUCGUCGACAAGCCAGGCCAGGGGAUCGGCAUGGCGACCUCCACCUCCACAGGAAGCCCCUCAGCUAAACAGUCUGCCGCCCAGGGCCCUCGCUCUCCAGCCCCCAAAGUUCACACCGGCAGCUUCCUCUCCUCGGGGGUAAAGGUUAUUAUCAAGCAGGAGCCGGGGGAAGUUUCCACUCAGCAACAGCAGCAGGCGGUUUCCACGGUAACUGCCCAGCAGCAACCUGCCACCUUGGCAGCGCACCAGUUUGUCGCAGUGAAGGGAGGUCAUGUGAUCUCCAUGUCGCCCCAGAAACAGGCAGGAGCAACCACAGGGGCCACAACUAGCAAGAUGUUGGGCAUCCCUGUCGGCUCAACUCUCCAGUCCGCGGUCAAACAGGUUGCGAUUAGCAGCGGACAGAUUUUAGUAGCCAAGGGAAACGCCUCUGGCUCCAAAGUGAUGACUGGAAAACAAGUGGUGGCCCAAGGUGUUGCCAAAGCUAUCGUCAGUGGAGCAAGCGGCAUUGCUGGUCAGCAGGCUUCCAGUAAAGCAAGUGGUGGAAGUGGGAAGAGUGGAGUGAUGGCGACUCUCCAGCUGCCAGCUAACAACCUGGCGAACCUCGCCAACCUGCCCCCAGGCACUAAGCUCUACCUGACCACUAACAGUAAGAACCCCACUGGGAAGGGCAAGUUGCUGCUCAUCCCACAGGGAGCGAUCCUUCGAGCCUCCAACUCAGCUGGACAGCAGUCUCAGAGUAGCUCGUCUACAGGCUCUGGGGGCUCCCAGACCACCUCCACUGCCUCCUCCUCCACAUCAAGCAGUCUGCCUUCCAAUCUGUCCUAUACAUCCUAUAUCAUUAAACAGACUCCACAGGGAACAUUUUUGGUUGGCCAGCCAGCACAGGGAUCAGGCAAACACGGAAGUUCCAGCUCAGCAGGUCACGCAGCAUCAUCUGCGUCACCUGCCACCCAGCAGGCCAUCAGGGUUACAGCUGGACAGAAAGCGGCAAUCCUGGCCCAGGUGGUGGGCGGCUCCCAGGGUUCGCAGGUGAAACUAUCUGAUGGCUCUGUAAAGACGCUGACCUCGGCUGUGGCUGGCCACUUGUCCAAGCCAGGGACAACCACGCUGAGGAUGACGGGCGGAGUCAUCACAGCCACCAGCUCCACCCCCAGCUCUGUCAGCGCUGCCACGACAACCCACCAGCAACAGGCAACUGAUGGCACAAGGCCACCUCCCCAGCACCACUCAGUCUUGGUAGCAGCCAAUCAGGCAGCAGUCAUUAACGCUGCUAAGAAUGCCAGUGCUGCUGCCAGCGGCAGCCUGACCAAGAGCACCGUGGCCACCUUGGUCAAGGGUGCCAGCAACUCACCUGCCAUGACAAAGAGUACUGCAGGGGCAGCUACCGCUGUAGCAACAGUUGCCAAAAGCAUCACCAACAUGCCAGUAAUCAGCAUGUCCAAAGGGGCAGGGACGGGGACUGUGGUGGGCAUGCCCAAGAGUGCCAACACGUCACUGGUCACAGCUGCCUCGCUGGUCAGUGGGAUGGCUUCAGGUGUAGGGAAGACAAGCGCUACUCUCUCAGGAAUGCUGAAGAUCCACUCGGGGGUUUCCAGCUCCCAGCAGACAGUGUUAACAAUCCCUGCCAACCAGCUCAAACAGUUAGGGGUGGGCUCUGGGUCUGGAGGACUACAGACCAUACUCAUGCCUGUGGGCAAGGUCGUAUCUAAAGGCCCAGUCUCCAGCACUCCCUCCUCUUCCUCCUCCUCCUCCACCACCACCCCUGGAGCUGCUGUCGCUGGAGCCUCCCCCAGUCCUGCCAGCCAGGCCUCCCCCUCCCUUGCCCUGCCUCUGGCACAAGUGAAGACAGAGCCAGGCACUGGCACACCUGUCACUGCUGUCCCGUCUUCCCCGGUGACAACUCCCGUCUCCUCCUCCACUUCUGUCCAUGUUCCGCCCACUGUCGCCACGGCAACCACCACCGUCAAGCUGGAGCAGGGAGUUGAUAACUCCACGCAUGACCUCAUUAACACCGAGCACAUUGAGACCAUGAUGCAGCUGCUGACUGCUGUGGUGAAGAAGUUCCCUCUGAUUGUGCCGGAGAAAACUGAAGAUUCCCAUCCGUUCUGUGCCUCCUCUCCAGAGCAGUAUUAUUCCUGGAACAUUGGCAAGCGCAGGGCAUCAGAGCUCCAGCGAGCCGUGGCAGUGAAGCGGGUUGUCCAGGACGUAUUGGACCGCUCGCCCCGUCUUCAGGCACUCACUCCCCCCAAGACCAGAGAAGUGGUCCAGUGGUGCCGGCAGAGGGGCUACACGCCGCCUGAUCCCGAGCCCCAGCGCAAAAAUGACGAGGAGUCCAUUGAAGAUAUCCUCACACAGAUAGACAGUGAGCCUGAGUGCCCGUCCACCCUGAGCAGCUGUGACGAGCUGGUGCUGCGGCUGGAGCAGAUGCAGACCCUGCUGAAGACCGAACCGGAGGAGACGGAUGAUGAAAUAGUGGACAUCAUCUCUGUGUCUCCGCCCCGCCAGAAGCUGAAGGUCAAAGAGGAGGAACAAGAGGCUGACUCGGAGCCCAAGUUCUUCUUGGGUCCAUCUCUUUCUGCCCAGUUUGUCAGUGAAGCAGCUCAACAGAUUGGGGUAACCUUACAGCCAGUGGAGGUGGAGAAGAACGUCUUUGCUCCAGUGGUGGAAGCCAUGAUUCUCAAGGCUACUGAACAAUUUGCCAGUGACAUCCUGAGAGAGGCUCUCGCUGGAGCCUACGCCAAGUCCCCGCAGAACAGGGCUCCAAGAGAAAUCACGGCCAUGAACGUCCACCAGGCGGUCGGCAGCGUCCCCACCUGUGACUUCCUCACCAACGUGCACAUGGGUUACCUGACCAACGACAAAUGACACGAAGCAAAGGCUGACCCGCCCCAAGAAAGGGACACAUACACACUGGCGAACGCCAUCUGAACCUCUGGCUACCGAGCAGUUGUGUCUCAACAGUAGGGGGAGCGCCGGCAACAGAGGAGGAACAGGACUGCGGGCCUGCAACUGAAAACGCACUUGUUUGAAUCUUCACACCAUGGAACCGGUCCUCUCGCUUUAGUGGUUAUGUAAACGCUGACAAGGGGCUCAUGUACUGAACUCGCUGACGACAUUGAUACGAGUUCGCCGUUCGCUUCUCAUCGCAGUCAUGCAGCAGCGGCUAACAAAUGCUUCAGCCGUCGCAAGAGUCUCGGGAGGUUUUAGUUUCUUCACGUUUUUGGAAAGCUGUGUUUUGGUCCAUUUGUCAAUUUUUCAGAGGAAGUUGAAUGUUUUUCCCCUCACAACAAGAUUAUAUUGGUGAUGAAAUGCCUUCCACCAGACAGUUAAGUCCGGGGGGGAAGCGCAGGCUAACUUACUUAGGGGUAGUGGACAAAUUUCCCCCUCCUCCCUGUCCCAAUCCCAUCAACUCUCCCUCUAGACUUAUUUGCACUCGGUCACUUAAUUCUCCAUAGAGAAUGAUCCGGAGGAUUUAGUCAAUGGAGUUUGGUGAAAUGGUAAAAAGUACCAACCAAAAUCAGAAACCUCAAGUAUUUGACAAAAUUUCCCCUGACCGGGGGACAUACUGCAUGAGCAGUAUCUCUCAGAUAGCCUUAUAAGUAACAAAUAAUGUAAAACCUUGACUAAUUUAUAACAACAAAUCUUAAUCUUAUCAAGAGUAAUAUUGUUGAAUUAAACUCAAAUGUUAUGUCCGACUUUGAUUAGUUGCCAUAACGACCAAGGACAUCAUGAACGCCACGGAGGAUUUUCAGAGGAAUCGUCUUGUCGGGCUUCUGUAGGCAUUAAAGCUUUUUCACAAGGUUCGCCGAGAUGACGAGAAGCCGUUUUUGUGUCAAAGGUGCGGAUGUGAUCUGCGGUCAUCGUUUCAUCUGUUGGAUCUGAACCACACCUACUCACAAGAUCUCAGUUAAACCUGCAGUCUUCAGCGUGAGCCACCGGCUGAGUCACUCGAGCAUGAAUGAUCGUGAGUCCAAGAACCUGUCGGUAUAGUUUUCCACUUUCGUUCCUGGCCCGGUUCGGAUAACCAGUUCAAGUACCUUUUUUUUUUUUAGCAUUCUGUGUUUACCACCAUCAUGUAUCUAACAUGUAAACAGUAUAUAUGACCAACAUGAUAUAGUUGAAGUUGUUCCAAUUUCAAUUUUAUUUUUAUAUAUUAUAGCAAUACCUGAAAACGGUGAUGGCUUAACAGUAGUGUGUGUGUGUGUGUGUGUGCGUGUGAGCAUGUGUGUGUGAGCGCAUAUGUGUUUGUGCGUCUGUGUGUGUAAUUAUUUGGGUACUGCAUGUACUCAAAAGGGUAACUGACUAUAUCCGAGUGAAUGCUAAUGUGUGUAUUGUUGACGAUGAUACAAAUAGUUGACGACCGACGUGGAUGUUGUGUGCGAAACGUGUCGAGCUUCGCUUUUCGUUAACUUGUGGACCGGGUGAGCGGUAGCGUUUGGGCAGGGCGGUUGUGAUGCCUGCUUGACCAAAAUGGGGUAGAGUAUCUGAACAUGUUGUUUUAAAUUUUCAGGGCACACCUAAAUAUAACCUGUAUUCUUGUAAUAAAAAAUUCAAAACC